AGAGGAAAGAAGUAGUUAUUUUGUGUUUUAAUCCCAAAACAAAAACAAACAAAAAACCAUAGUACUAGAAGAAAAUAACUAAAGCUGAUAUCAGCCCAGUUCUCUUCUCUAUAUUGAGUAACUCCCUUAACUCCAUGAAUGCAAGGCAAGCUCAAACUCUGCAUUUAUUUGAUAACACCAUUCUAACCCUCAUUACAAAAUCAACCACUCUUUCCCAAACACAACAAAUUCACUCUCAUAUCAUCAAAACUGGCCAUUCCAAUAAUACCCAUAUCACCAACAAACUCUUAUCCCUUUACACCAACUACAAUUCCUUUACAAAUGCAGAAUCUUUACUCAAUUCACUUCCAAACCCAAAUAUCUUCUCUUUUAAACCCCUCAUUCAUGCUUCCUCAAAAUCGAGUCUUUUUAAUUACACACUUGUUUUAUUUUCAAGAUUAUUAUCUGUACACAUUUUACCUGAUGUACAUUUACUUCCUAGUGCUAUUAAAGCUUGUGCUGGAUUAUCAGCAUUUAAAAUUGGGAAACAAGUACAUGGGUAUGGUUUAAUAACUGGGUUAGCGUUAGAUUCGUUUGUUGAAGCUUCUUUAGUUCAUAUGUAUGUGAAAUGUAAUGAUUUGGGAUGUGCACGUAAGGUGUUUGAUAAAAUGCUUGAACCAGAUGUGGUUUCUUGGAGUGCUUUGGUUUCUGGCUAUGCGAAACAAGGGGAUGUUUUAAAUGCUAUAAUGGUGUUUGAUCAAGCUGGGAUGUUGGGUAUUGACCCGAAUUCUGUUUCGUGGAACGGGUUGAUCGCGGGGUUUAAUCAGAGUGGACGUUAUAAAGACGCGGUUUUGAUGUUUCGUAGGAUGAAUUCGGAAGGGUUUAGGAGUGACGGGACGAGUAUUUCGAGUGUUCUUCCUGCAAUAAGUGACUGGGAGGAUAUCAAGAUGGGUGUUCAAGUUCAUUGUCAUGUGAUUAAAAUGGGGUUUGAAUGUGAUGAUUGUAUUAUUAGCGCGUUAAUUGAUAUGUAUGGAAAGUGUAGGUGUACUUCGGAGAUGUCACGAGUCUUUGAAGGAGCAGAGGAAAUGGAUUUGGGUGCUUUUAAUGCUUUGGUAGCUGGGCUCUCGAGGAACGGUCUUGUUGAAGAGGCUUUCAAAGUGUUUAAAAAGUUUAAACGCAAAGUGAAGGAAUUGAAUGUGGUCUCGUGGACUUCGAUGAUUUCUUCCUGCUCGCAGCAUGGGAAAGACCUUGACGCGCUAGAGAUUUUCAGAGAAAUGCAGUUGGCUAUGGUAAAGCCGAACUCUGUAACGAUUUCUUGUUUGCUUCCCGCCUGUGGAAAUAUCGCAGCACUAAUACAUGGAAAGGCAACACAUUGCUUCUCUUUGAGAAAUUGUUUUUCAGAUGAUGUUUAUGUCGGUAGUGCAUUAAUAGAUAUGUACGCCAAUUGUGGAAGAAUUGAUUUCUCUCGCAUUAUUUUUGACAGGAUGCCAGUACGUAAUUUGGUUUGUUGGAAUGCAAUGACUGGCGGAUACGCAAUGCACGGAAAGGCUAAGGAGGCUAUUGAAAUCUUUGACUUAAUACAAAGAAGUGGACAGAAACCUGAUUAUAUUAGUUUCACGAGUGUAUUAUCUGCAUGCAGCCAAGCAGGCCUUACAGAACAAGGGCAACAUUACUUCGAUUCUAUGUCUAGAGUUCAUGGACUUGAGGCCAGAGUGGAGCACUAUGCUUGUAUGGUGAGCCUUCUUGGUCGUGCCGGAAAGCUCAAAGAAGCCUAUAACAUGAUUUCCACAAUGCCAAUUGAACCAGAUGGAUGUGUCUGGGGUGCUUUACUAAGUUCUUGUAGAACACAUCGUAAUUUGAGUUUGGGCGAGAUUGCUGCUAAUAAACUCUUUGAGCUAGAACCUAAGAAUCCUGGAAACUACAUUCUAUUAUCCAAUAUUUAUGCUUCUAACAACAGAUGGAAUGAAGUAGACAGGGUGAGGGACAUGAUGAAAAAUAUGGGCUUGAGUAAAAAUCCUGGAUGUAGUUGGAUUGAAAUUAAAAACAAAGUGCACAUGCUAUUAGCAGGAGAUGAAUUACAUCCACAAAUGCCACAGAUUAUGGAAAAGUUGCGAAAAUUGAGCAUGGACAUGAAGAAUUCAGGUGUUUCACAUGAUACGGAAUUUGUUUUGCAAGAUGUUGAAGAACAGGACAAGGAGUUGAUCUUGUGUGGACAUAGUGAGAAGUUGGCGGUAGUUUUAGGAAUUUUGAACACUAAUCCAGGGACUCCUCUAAGAGUCAUAAAGAACCUUAGAAUUUGUGGGGACUGUCAUGUCUUUAUCAAAUUUACCUCCAGCUUUGAAGGGAGAGAAAUAUAUGUUAGAGACGCAAACCGUUUUCAUCACUUCUAUGAAGGUGUGUGCUCAUGUGGAGAUUAUUGGUGAUCGAGAUUUGUAAUUUUUUGAGAAGUUCUUCGAGCAUUGAGAGUACUCGGAAGCAAGACGUUAGUGAAUCAAGACCUGGGGAGGAUGCAACAGGACCAGUUGCAUUUAUACAAAACUGGAGCUGAGCAGCCAGGUUUAACCCCGGUGUCUGAAUUUAGCGAUCCAUGCAGUUGUAAUCAGCUUGACUUUCAUACUUGUUCAAAUCUAAUCUCUGAUGCCUAAUGCACUCUUUGUUCAUUGCAAAUGAAGAACCUUGAUUCGUUAAUUGAGAGAGUUGAAAAACCUUGGAAUCUAUGGGAGCUGCCAUGCCUUUCUCAAAUUCAGUUCCAGCUAAAAAGGACACAGAUUUUUGUUAGAGACAACCAUUUUCAUCACUUUCUCGAUAACAUGUGUUUACGGGGAUUCUUUGGUGAUUCAGUUUUGUAAAUUAGUGAAAAAGGUUCUUUGAGCUUUGACAGCACCUGGAAGCUGGAUCAGUGAAUCCAAAAUGUGGGGUGGAUGCAACAGCACUGUUGCUUUUAUGAGAAAUUGGAACUCAGCGUCUUAUUCCUAACUUCCAAGCACUUCUAAUCACCCAACUUAUUUUUCUAGACAAGAACUUAUGCAAUUUUUUUAUAAUAUUCAUAGCACUUGUAGUCAGCCAUUUUUCAUACUUAUCAAAACAAGAAAUCUUUUUGUUCAACCUCUGAUGCCUAAAGCUGUCUUUAGUUUCCCUUUAGUUAACAACCUUGAUUCUUUCCAACUGUUUAUUGAGAAAGUUGAUAGCUUAAAUAUGGGGAUUAAAAACUUUUUGAGUUUGAGCUUCAUUUAUUAGUGUAAUGCGCACAAGACAAGACAUGGAGUUGAAAGUUAAAUU